GCAGCGUCGCGUCGGCCGCGGCGGCGGCGCACCAGUGGGGAUGUGCUGGUUGACAGACAGCUUCGCGUUCUUCCGCCACGGUGAUGUGUCGUCGUUCACCGCUGUACAACCGUGCGGUCGCGCCGUGCCGUGUCAACUCGUCGAUUAAUACAGAAUACGGUCGCGCGUCAGCGGCGAUAACGGCGACGACGACGACGACAACGACGACGACGACGACAACGACGAAGACGACGACGACGACGACGACGACGUCGACGACGACGACGACGGCGACGACGACAACCGGCGUCGACGACGACGACGACGGUGGCGCGUGUCGCGAUUAAUAAACGGGCAGUGUGUGGUGCUGUGGUGGAAGGGACGAUGAAGGCCGGGGGGAUAAUUUGGGUGGCGACUUGAGGACAGAAAUGUUGAAGUUCGGCAGCAAGAGCGACGUGACGGUGGUGCAUCGCGCCACUAUUCGACUGUUUGACGACAACGAGAUCAUCUACUGCGACUUUCAGCCACAGGACAAGGGACGAUACAUUCUCGAAUAUGUCUGCAAACAACUCAACAUUUUGGAGAUGGACUAUUUUGGGCUCCGCUACGUCGAUAAAGAGAGGGAAAGGCAUUGGUUGGACCUAGCGAAAACAGCGAUCAAGCAAGUGAAAGACAUGCACGAGAUUUUGCUUUGCUUUCGCGUGAAAUUCUACCCGCCUGAUCCUUUGCGGCUCAAGGAGGAGAUCACCAGGUAUCAAGUUUACCAGCAACUCAAAAGGGACCUUCUUUACGGACGUUUGUGUUGCACUCCUGGCGAGGCAGCGCUGCUGGUGGCCUGCAUCGUCCAAAGCGAACUGGGAGAUUACGAUCCCGAGAUUCACGAAGAGAAUUAUAUCUCCGAGCACAAAUUGCUGAAGACGCAGACUCCGACGAUCGAGGAGAAGGCGAUGGAGAUACAUCAGGGUCAGCUAAAAGGAUUCACACCGGAACAGGCGGAAAACUAUUUCCUCAGGAUAGCCUCGCAAUUGGACACGUACGCGGUCGAUCCACAUCCGGUCAAGGAUCCUGACAAGAGUACACAGCUCCACCUGGGCAUUAACCACUGCGGGAUCCUGACGUUUCAAGACUCACGGAAGAUACAACAUUUCCGCUGGUCGGAAGUUCAAAAGAUCAACUUUGAAGGAAAGAUGUUUAUCGUGCAUGUGACGAUAAAUGAGGACGUAAGGACAAAGAAAAAACAUCUCGUCGGAUUCAAGUGUCCCACAGCAACAAAUUGUCGUCAUGUGUGGAGGUGUGCCAUCGAGCAGAUGCUGUUUUUUACCUUGCCGAGGGCGUCGGACGCACCGGUGGUGAGUGGCGGCUCCAUCUUCUCCUGGGGUUACAAGUUCAAGUAUACCGGAAGGACGGAGAGAGAGGUUCUCGAAGAGGUAGGACCGCUCCGGAAGGAGGAACCGCCGAUUCAACGCUGCCAGACGACGUGUCUGAGAAGGAAGGCCAGCAGCGUACCGGCUACUCCCAGCACGCCGAGUCAGGAUCUCGUCGAAAUACGAUACUCCAGCCUACCGCGUAGCUGUCAUAGCGCGGGCCUGGACGGCACCGGGAUGCUGGAGGGCGGUGCCGGGGUCCUCAGCUCGCCCUACUGUCCAGACAAUACCUUGCCCCUUCUGGAGACUGUAUCCGAGGACCAAGAGAUUCAUGCCAGGAGAAACAACGCCGUAGACGAAAAUGAUACGCAUGCGAGUGCCACCCACACGUCUACUACUACCAUCACUACCACCACUACUACCACCACCACCACCUCCAACACCAUCAUCACAAACCGUGCGAAAGCCAAACUGAAAUUUCCCAAGAGCACGCUGAACCGACCGCAACCGUUGUACAGUCAGAAAAUAGUGAUAGGCUCGGAGGAGCUGGCGGGUCGCGACAUCGAGCACGUUGUGCGGCAGCGUAUUAACGCCCUAAUUAACGAGCGGAGCCCGAAGGUGGUGCGGUCGACCGCGCUGAUAAUCAAGAGCUCCAAGGCGCCGGCGAGCGCCAACGGACGCAUCCCGAUCAAAAAGAGCCCCGCACGCGACGAUAAAAACACGCGCGUAGAGGUAAGCGAGCUCGACGGCCGCGGAUCGACGCUGACGACGACGACGAAGACCGCCAACGGUUGCGCGAAUCUGGCCGUCAGGUCAGUUUUGUCGAACGGAUUCGAUCGACAGAAGGCAGGAGUCGGUCAGCAUGAGGGCGAGGCGAACGACUAUUACUUCAGGGACUCCUUCGAUCACUCGUCGUCGGAGAGCCAGCUGUUGGACGCGUCCGGCAAGCCGCACAGUCGCUCGGUCACGCCGGUACCGAAGAUGCAAAAGCUACAAAACUCCAAGCUCUGUCUUCAGCAACAACAACACCAGCAUCAGCAGCAGCAUCAGGGCGUUCGGCGCGUGGCGAGCGGCAAACUCAGACAUAAGAGUCUGCAUGUGAUCAGGCUCUUUAUACCGGCGUUCAUGCUCACGAUCACGGUAUUGUUUAUCGUGACGGUUCUGGUGUUUGAGACGGACACGACGCUGUUCAAUAGCCUGCGCAAAACGCCAGAAAUGGUGGCCUUAAGGAGCCAAUACUACGUUCCGAUUAAGGAGUUCCUGCGGACCAAGCUGGGCCUAUUCUGAUGCGACAAGAUGACCGGGCCGAGGUCGUCCUAUGUCGUCGCAUAGCUCUCUCUCUCCCUUCAGUGCCAAGUCGCGGACGUGACUCGUGACUGAGAGAUUUACGAUUUAGUCGCGGAAAAGAAUAUGCGCCUUCUCUCUCUUCCCUCUCCACCCCCUCUCCCUCUCCGUUGCGCGCCGUCGCGUCGCAGCUUGGUCGCACGAGCGAGUGAGUGCUUCGAACCGAGAAGAUUGAGUGUUAUCGUAAGGCUAGAAAGAUAGACCGGAAGGCGGAGGAAAAAUAAAAAGCAUCGUGUCGAAGAGAUUAAUACGGAGUACGACUUUGAAGUCCGAGAAACGUAUUCCAUUCGAUUCGAGACGAAAAAUCAGAAUUUUGUAAAAAACCAAAAGAAAUUGUACAAAAACCUGUAUGUAAUCGUGUAAACAGAAUGUAUGUAUAGAAUUAUGUUUACCUAUGCGA